AGUUUCUUUUUGCAGAACUGCAGCUUUCUGGUAACAUGCACCACCAUGCUAAUGCUGCACGAGUACAGCGGCUAAAAUAAAACUGCUUAAGUAGCAAACUUUGGCCAGCACAAUGGACAAGGCAACUGUGCAGGACUGGCACUGCAAAACUCUGCAUGCAGUUCCAACUAAUUCGAAAAAUGUCACUCGUGCAUGUGUCAUCAAGGCCCGGAGUGAUUGUACAUUCUGAACAACAAAAUAUUUUGUUGUAUAUUGGUUGUUGCCCUGCAUAUAUGAUAAUGGCUGUCGGCUGCGCUAGAUAAUGACAUGCGUAUAUGUGGUGUACAUUGUGCUCUCCCGGCAUAAUCGUGCAAUUUCGGCCUGUUUGUCUUGGGAGGUUACCCAUUACCCGCGGCUACCUGGAAUAAGGCCGCCGCCCACCUAGGCUUGCUCAGAAUAAAAGUAUGUUUUAUGUAUAGUGGGCAAAGAGCAUUCGCCGAGGGGCAGUCGGCGAUUUCUCGUACAUUAAGGACAUAAGCUGGGUUUCAAAGAAAGCGCGCUUGUGUGCAUGCAGCAUGAGAAUACAGAACAUGGUAGAGAUCAUUGUGGAGCAGCCACGCGCAAAAGGCUUCUCGUGGAAGCCGCUUUCAAAUGGGUCGGCAGAUGUGGCAUUUUUCACAAAUAUCGAUGGGCGCUGCCCCACGUUCGAGUCUGGAUGGUGGCGAAACGCUUAACGGAGCAGCUUCGCGACGCACCCGCGCGCGGCUGCUUCGAGCGGACGUCACCGGCGCUUUCAGUAGGUCCGUACGAUGUUUUCACCUUCCAGCGGCACUGCUGUGCUAACAGCGCGGUGGUUGCCUGAGGGGGGCAUUCAAGGGCUGAUAAGAACUCUGGCGCCGGAGCACCGGCCAGGGACGGGCCUGUUAUCACCUCCCACAAUUUGCUAAUGGCUUUCGGAAGAUGCUCAGUGUCACUUUUGCCACUUUUACUAGAAAGCAACCGUAAGCAGCCUAUCUCUUGAGAGAGAGAGAGAAAGAAAGAAAAGCAAAAUAAUAAAGUGAUAUACAUCUGGAAAAAAUAUGUGCACGAUGUCGUGCUCGGAGAAUAAUUGGUAUGCACCACUGUCAUCUGCACAGCUAAGUAACUUCGUUGUGGCGUGGGUUGACAGGCUCAACGCAUUCCACCAGCCCAGUUUAAAUUUAAAUUAAAAAGAAAAUAAUAAAAAAAACUAGCAAACUAAGGCACGAUUGAUUUACGGCGCCAAUGCCUGGAUGGCGCUGCCGUCACUUGACGCUUCGCGUGUGUUACAACCCAGGCGGCGCCGCUGCCGCUGCUACCUGUGACAAGGUUCACUAGCAGACGAUAAGCGUAACAACCACUUCUAUGUGUAGCACUCCUUCCAGCCACCGAAGAGCCUGCAUCGUUUCCAAUUAGCACUGCUCCAACAUGCGUACAAAGAUCGUGGAAUGCGUGCCCAACUUUUCUGAGGGCCAGGACCAAGAGGUUAUUGACGAGAUAACAAAAGCCAUCAAGUCGACGCAAGGCGUGUCAUUGCUGGGUGUCGAUCCAGGUUCUUCAACCAACCGAACUGUGUACACAUUUGUGGGCUCACCUGAUGCAGUCAUCCAGGGAGCACUCAAUGCUGCUAGGGUUGCCUACAAACGCAUUGAUAUGACAAAGCAUAAAGGAGAGCAUGCCAGGCUGGGAGCACUAGAUGUGUGCCCAUUUAUUCCUGUUCAAGGCGUUGAGAUGGAGGAAUGUGUCUAUUGUGCCAGAAAGUUUGGAGAGAAGCUUUCAGCAGAACUGAAUGUGCCUGUUUACCUCUAUGGCUUUGCAGCACAGCAGGACUACAGGCGUAGUGUGCCACAAAUUCGUUCAGGCGAAUAUGAAGGACUCUGCGAAAAGAUCCUAAAGCCUGAAUGGAGACCCGACUAUGGACCGGCAGAGUUUGUGCCACAGUGGGGAGCCACCAUGUCAGGGGCUCGCAAGUUUCUCAUUGCAUACAACAUCAACAUCCUCUCUACCAAAGAGCAGGCACACCGCAUUGCACUCGACAUACGAGAGGAAGGAAGGGGCAAGGGCCAGCCUGGUCUUCUCAAAAGCACACAAGCUGUAGGCUGGUGGCUCGAAGAGAACAACAUUGCACAAGUGUCAGUGAAUGUCCUGGACCAUGACAUAACACCAGUUCAUGCUGUGUAUGAAGAGAUCGCAAGAAUUGCAAAGUCAUUAAAGCUAGCAGUAACAGGCUCGCAAAUAGUGGGCGUCGUUCCUCUAAAGGCCAUAUUGGCAGCAGCCGAAUUCUACAUGAAGAAGGAGAACCUUUUUGUUCUCGAAGAGGACCAGAAAGUCCACCUGGCCAUCAACCGGCUCGGCCUCAAUUCACUCGGUCCAUUCGAUCCGUCGGAGCGCAUCAUUGAAUACAUGCUGCCUGACGACAGGCUGGGGCCAUUGGCGCAGAAAACCUUGUGCCAGUUCAUCCACGUAGUCGGAGCCAGGACACCCACACCGGGUGGCGGUUCUGUUGCUGCUGCUGUAGCCUCUCUCGGUGCUGCUCUGGGAGCCAUGGUGGGCAAGAUGACUUAUGGCAAGCGGCAGUGGGAGCGCUACGACGAGCAGAUGCGUAGACUCAUUCCCAUAAUGCAUCACACCAUGGAUGAACUGCUGCCCAUGGUAGAUGCUGACACAGGAGCAUUCAACGACUACAUGGCUGCUCACAAGUUGCCCAAGAACACCCCCGAAGAGGAAGAAGUCCGUGAGGCUGCAAUGCAGGCUGGCUUAAAAAAGGCCAUUGCUGUCCCACUGGGGGUGGCUCGGUCUGUCAGCAAGCUGUGGGACACCGCCAGGGAGCUGGCCUCCAUCAUCAACAUCGGGGCAAGAGCAGAUUUGCAGGUUGGUGCACGCUGCCUUGAAACUGGUGUGUUUGGAGCCUACUGGAAUGUCAUCCUGAACUGCCAAGGACUACAGGACGAGGCUUACAGAGAUGAGGUUUUGAAAGAAAUUGAACAGUACCGGGAAGAUGCAAUAAAAGGUUGCGCUGAUAUACUCGGCAUUCUAGAGAAGCGCAUAUCAUAGGUGUGGAGAUGCCCACCUACGCUACUUAAAUCAAAGCAUUCCUGAAUUUUACUGUCAACGAGACAUACUUUCGUGCAUGUCUACAUGUGAGAGACAAGUUUGGAUCCUGUUUACAGUAUGUUUAUACAUUUAUACACUUUUAUACCCUGUAGAUUUACCCUAUACACAUGUAUUGCAUCUUACAAGGCUCCUUGGUCAUAAUUGGAAUCAUGUUAAUGGAUGCUUGAAGUGACAAAACAUUUAUAUUUCCUGGGUAUUUUGCGGUGAAAGGCUUGUAAAGUCUCACUUUUGUGAUUGUAACGUGAUAGUGAAACUUCUGUUCAGACAAAGUCUAGGAUGGGCUAUUUUGAUUUUAUGUUAUCUGCAGGCAUUGUUCCCUAAAGAGCUGUUUUUGCAACAUUAUAAAUGUUGUUUAAAGCAUAUUAUUUCAAUCUUAUUUUUCUUUAGCAUCUUAUUUUCUUUAUUGCUGUUUCAUGACAUGUAAUUUGCAAGAGUAUUGUGUUUCUUAAACAUUUCUGUUUGCAUGCUUAAAGGACAAAUGUUAAUGAAGAAUUUCUGCUUGAAUCUAAGACAUAUACAUUGGUCUCAGUGCAUUUAGUGUUGUUGCAACAAAAAUGUUGUAGCAGCACAAGUAUAUUGAAUGUUUUGCUCAUGGUUUGAAGAAAUGGCAGCUUCGAAGAAUUCUUAUAUGUACAAUCAGUAAGUGGAGCUCUUCUUGUUGCAAUAUGAAUGCAUCGAAAGCUAAACUGAAAGCUGGUUAACUUGAAAAUUCAGAUAAUUUCUGAUGUCUGCACAGAACUGGUGAAUGUAUAUUUAACUAUGACAUCCAAGUACACAAACUAAUUGAACCGAGUGCCGCUUACUGAUUGCAUUAGCUAAACUAGGAAUAAAGUACAAAGCAUUUUUACCAUGUCUUCAUGUUCCUUCUAAGGAACUAAAGCACAUAUGAAAGCUGGGCUAAUGAAUUAUCCUGUGAGUUAUUUCAGAACUGAAAUGUUCAUCGUUCCAAAGAGGAUGAUUAAAAACAAAUGUGAACCACUGAACAGAGGCCUUUGACACCUGCUGUGACACCUUGUUGCCAGCCUCAUGAGCUAAGCACAUGUUCCACUACAGAAGUGAAAGUACAGCUGUUAGAGUUUCCGUUACAUUAGAGAAAUGGCGAUGAUCUGCUUCUUAGUUCACAGCUUUCACACUACCAUAGCUGAGGAGCACAAACAUUCCAUGUUUGUCAGUCUGUGAUCCAUGUAUGCCACUUUGAAGUGGAGCGCAUGGUUAAAAAAUUCUGGACAUGUGGUAUGCUUGGGCAUUAGGAUAACUGAUAAACAUACCUGUCUGGCAUGUCUGGCACAAAGCAGGACUGGCAUUUUUAUUACCCAGACUAUGGUAGUGACAAUAACUGGUUCACUGGCAGAGCAGCUAGACUGUGGGCAGGACCAACACAUCCUAGAUAACUUGCCAUGCCUGCACAUCAUUUGAAAUGAAGCCGUGAAGGCCCGUGUAAACAACAGAACACUACUAUAUUGGCAUUUAGUUUGGUUCAUCUUUACAAAGAAUGGUCUACAGCUGAAACAUUGGUCUUCCUAGGGGGCAUUGUGUCACAUGUUGCACUGGCUAGGUAGUUAUCUGAGAUGCUUUGAAAGGGCCUGCUCUCAAAUGCCGUGUGGAAGAAAUUCUGUGUGCAAAAUUUUGGAGUUGAGAUCAAGUAGCUGCAUGUUUGGGACAACUACUCGGUGCUUGUGUUAAUUUCUAUAAGCAUAUUGUGCCUUAGACAAAGGCAUCACGUGUACUGGCAUGAACACAGCUAUGAAAUGGUGGAAAAGUACAAGCUUUAGCAAAGAAGUAGCAUGGGUUUCCUCCAAAUGAAUAAAUUAGUGACCAUGAGUUGUCACAUAUACACUUUACAUGUUACCACAGCUGUAGGUAUCCGAGACUGUGGAGCUGCAAGCAUUUUUUUACAGCAUGCAUUUACUGAAAUUGCUGAAGUCAUACUUUACUGUCUGUUUGUGGUGGUGAAUUGUAUAUUAGGAAUGUGUUGUCUUUCAAGGACAUGUCCUGCCCUUCAUAUGUCAUAUCACUCCUGUGCUCAACAAGUACAAUUUGUACCAAACCCACAAGCCACAUGGAGACAGGUAGCAGGACUGUAGCAAAGGUGUGGUGAAAAAUAAUGGCAUAAUCAUGUGGUUGUGAACAAAGUAUAGUGCUGUAUAUCCUGAAAACACACUCCUGGUGAUAAAGUAUUUUGUCAAGCAUGUUCCUAUGUGUAGAGUGUCAGUGCUGUAUGACCAAAGCUGUAAGCUGCUUUUUUUGUCACACUGUGUGAUCAAAUGUAGAAGCAAUAAAGCUUGUAAAAAACAUAA